GCCAUAGAUAGGUUUCACUAAAAAGCCCUGGGGAUGAAAAUGCAUGCCUCACGCAUUAGUGGGUUUGUACUUCGUAUAAUAUUUAUUCAAAUGUUUCAUAUUCUGUAUGAUACCACAAACACAGUUGAACUUGAUAGAGAGAAUGAAAAGUUUAUUAUGUUUUGUUUUUCUCUCUGUCGUAUUGUGUACCAUUCAAAAAAAAGCGAACAAUAAAAAUCAAAAAAUUUUGCUUGUCUCACUUGAUGGAUUUCGAUGGAAUUUUCGAGAAAAAACGGAAACGCCAAAUUUGGACAAAAUUGUAAACAAACAUGGCGUCUCGGUGGAAUACGUAUUAAAUGUCUUUCCGACGUCCACACUUCCAAACCAUCAAAGUAUUGUCACUGGUUUAUAUCCAGAGAACCAUGGAAUAAUCGAUAAUAGUUUUUUAAAUCCAGAAGAUGGAACCAUCUUUAACGGCGGUUUAGAUUCAAAAUGGUGGAAUCAAUCGACUCCGAUAUGGAUAGAAAACCAAAUACAGGGCCAUGAAAGCGGUGUAUGCUUUUGGCCAGGUUAUCAGGUAAACUAUAAAAACAAAACCCCAAGCUACACACCCGAUGAAAAAUUUAAAGCUCCUUAUGAGACAACAGAAAAAAAAGAUAUGGAAUUAAACGAUCGACUUGAUCUAGUUAUUGAUUGGUUAAAAAAAGACAAUGUGACUUUUGUUGCCUUAUACACUGAAUGCGUGGAUGAAACAGCACACGACCAUUCACCAGAUAGUAAUGAAACUAAAAGUAAAUUAUUGAUGAUGAAAGCAAUUAAUACGAUAGACGAGUUUAUUGGUACCUUGCAAGACAAACUUGAAGAGGAAGAUUUAAAAUCCUUUGUCAAUGUUAUUAUGAUAGGUGACCAUGGACAUAUCAACACAUCUUCAAGUCGUGUGCUUCAGUUAGAUGACUACGUGGAUUCAAAGCAUGACCUUCGCUAUAUAAGUGGCUUCACAAAUAUUUUUCUUUACACAAAGCAUAACAAAACGAAAUCAGCUUAUGAAAAGUUAAAAAAGGGAAGCGAGAAAGAAGACUCGCAUUUUAAAGUUUAUUUAAAAGAAGAUAUACCCGAAGACUUUCAUGUGAAAAAAAACAAUCGCACGGCACCGAUUUUAAUUUUACCCGAUCCCGGAUGGAUAAUGACAAACCAAAAGGAAAAGGUGCCUUAUUUAAAAGGGGAUUGGAAACGAGGAGAACACGGAUACAGUAUUUAUGAAAGAAAUAUGAACCCUGGAUUUUAUGCUUUUGGACCGAUGUUUCGUCAAGGUUACCGAAAAACUUUUAUUAGGACCGUAGACAUAUAUUCCCUAAUGUGUUUCAUCCUAAAUUUAAAACCACAUGCAAACGAUGGAGAUUUUGACAAAGUAAAAGAUGUUUUUAAAGGAAGAAAUUGACGAAGGAAGAGGUUUAAACGAAAGAAAUUUAGACAAUUCAGACAUCGAGUUUUAUGAUUAAAAAUAAAAGUUUUAAUGUAUCAGGUCAGCUCAGCUCAGAUUUCUGAAUUUUACCGCUGCAUUCAAAAAUAAUACGUACGUGUGACUUAAAAAGUUUCCUAGUCUGGCUCAGCGGAAUGAGAAUUUUACCCAGCCAAGACAUUCCUGCGAGCUGGAUCAGUUCGCUUCAUACGCACAGCCCUUAAGAAUAUGGUUGACACUGUUAGAAAUUAUAAAGGAUGAGAAUUAUUUUGUACUUCGUAACAUAUUAUCUGACAGCUAGAUAGGCUUGCCCAUAUCUAGCAAUAUUCAACGAGUCUUUUUUAUAUGCUAAACGAUUUUUGUGUUUAAUUGAUUUUUUUGAGAAUAUCCGUGAACCGUCGGUUAAGGGUUAAAAUACCAACGCAAAAUUUAGUGCAACAUCAAAAAAUGUAUUGUUAUGUUCUUCAUAUGCAAACAAAAUGAAUUGUUUCAACAAGAUAAAGCGAUAAACGGUAUUUAAAAGGUGAAUAUUAAAAACUGAGAAAGCUGUUUUCACAUAUAUUGUCAACUAAUUAAUUUGAUAGAAGUAUGUUACAGUGGUAUCUGUCUCAAGAGGAAAUCUUCAUAUUACCUAACUUUAACACUGGGAACGAAUUGAUUGAGAUCAAGCCAAUUAUUUACAAAAAGCAGACAUGCAUUAAUAGUGUUCGAUUUACACAGAUUCUACUGCACUUCCAUAUCCAUUCCUUGUGUGGUUCAACA